AUGUCGAGUCUUCCUCCUACCGAAGGAGGCGAUAUCCCAAUCCCUCGGAACACUACCGCUUCGUCCGCGGUCUCCUGGCAUCCUGCGGUCGCACAAACCAGCCAAACAACCACCAGGAACCCGUUUGCGGCUGCUGCUCGGUUCGUCUUUGCGGGUUCCGCGAAAGUCGCGCGGUCCCGAACUUCUUUGGUUCCCCGUACGGGAUCGGUCUCCUUACCUCUACCGCCAUCGCGCGGAUCCAACACCCCGAUCUCGUGGGAGCACCUCUCCUCUUCGAGGCGGACUAUGGUACCAACUUCCGGAUCUCGGUGGGCCUCUUACGAGGAGUUGCGAGCGUCGCAUCCGAUGCGAGAUUCGGAACUCUUCUCCAGGGCACCCUGGUUUCACCCGCAAGGGCUACUUGACACCGCUCUGGUGAUGUCCUACGUCGACGCAGGAGGCUGGUUGCCCGGAGGAUUCCGGUUGGAGACCAUCCAGAGUUGGGACUGGAAAACGCACAUUGCCGUGCAUUCCUCUUGCCUGAGACGCGACCGUCAGAACGGUGAAUCGUUGCACGAUGCACGCUCCGCCAUGGCGCGGUUGGCCUUUCAGAGGAUGAGUCGCACGCUGAGCGAUGUUCCAAUCCCGCCGGCUCUCCAACUGGACCUCGGUCUGUACCGUACUGACGGAGAGAUUUCCUACGCCGAACGGUUAAGCCAACUUGACGUAUCCCGCUGGCGCGGCUUCUUCGGUCCGGAUACCGGUGCUCUCUGCUGGACGAGGCCAAUUAUCCUGGCAGAAUUCCGGUACAUCCGCAAAGGAAGUCGCGGGAAUUUCAAAGAGAGUAUCCGCUUCGAGAGGCGGUGCCGAAGGCGCUUCGGGUACAUGGUACCAUACCAGAGCGUGGAGGCGCAGCGCUUUCAUCCGCGUCACCUCCAGGGCAGGUAUGUUCGCAUCCCCAACUGUUGGGGGUCCCUGGAAAUGCCAGGAGGUUGCUACGUAGAGCUCCCGCCGUGCGUCUCCUACGUGGGAUCCCAACUCAUCUCGGAUAAAGACUCCGGCUUCUGGGCCGUCUUCGCCUCCGAAUGGUGCGCGAAGGUGGCCGCCCAUAUACUGUAG